GCUUUCCCUGGGAGGUGCAUGUUUGUAUCAGUGACAAGAUGACAAUUCAUAUUCUUACCAAAAGAUCCAGUGAGUCAUCUUAUUAACUCUACUGAAAUACAUGCUUGGCAGCACUCCUACCACGCUAACCAACUGACUUCACGAUGACUGAGGGCUUAGAUUCCAGAUUGAGUAACCUCACUUGGGAUCAGAUUAGAAUAUUGGAUCAAGUACUAACUGAAGUAAUACCUAUUCAUGGAAGAGGAAAUUUUCCAACACUAGAAAUAAAACCAAAGGAUAUUAUUCAUGUUGUAAAGGAACAACUGAUUGAGAAGGAAAUCAGUGUUAGAGACAUCCGCCUGAAUGGUUCAACAGCUAGCCACAUCCUUGUAAAACAAAAAGGAACUAGCUACAAGGAUUUAGAUAUCAUUUUUGGUGUUGAACUUCCAAGUGAACAUGAAUUUCAGGUUGUUAAGGAGGCUGUUCUGAAUUGCCUACUGGACUUUUUACCAAAAUGUGUCAACAAAGAAAAAAUCACUGCUCAGACUAUGAAGGAUGCAUAUGUGCAGAAGAUGGUCAAAGUCUCCACUGAUCAUGAUCGCUGGAGCCUUAUCUCAUUGUCAAACAACAGUGGCAAAAAUGUAGAACUAAAAUUUGUAAACUCACUCAGACGACAGUUUGAAUUUAGCGUGGACUCUUUUCAAAUUAUCCUGGAUUCCAUAUUAAAUGUUUACAGUGACACAGACUGUGAAUUGACAGAAGACUCGCAUCCUACCGUUAUUGCAGAGAGCAUGUAUGGUGACUUCAGAGAGGCAAUGGACCAUUUAAAAUACAAACUUAUUUCCACAAGGAACCCUGAGGAAAUCAGAGGUGGAGGCCUUCUGAAAUACAGCAAUCUCCUGGUUCGUGAUUUUAAGCCAGCAGAUGAGGCUGAAAUCAAAUCUUUGGAACGUUACAUGUGUUCCAGAUUCUUCAUUGAUUUUCCUGAUGUGACUGAGCAGCAAAGGAAAAUUGAGUCAUACCUGCGCAACCACUUCAUUGGGGAAGAAAAGAGUAAAUAUGACUACCUGAUGACUCUGCGUGGAGUUGUAAAUGAGAGUACAGUCUGUCUCAUGGGACAUGAACGAAGACAAACUCUGAACAUGAUUACAAUUCUGGCUUUAAAAGUACUAGGAGAACAAAAUAUCAUCCCAAAUGCAGCCAAUGUUACAUGCUACUAUCAGCCUGCUCCAUAUAUCAGUGAUAGAAACUUCAGUAAUUACUACAUUGCUCAUGGACAGCCACCUAUCAUCUACCAGCCAUACCCAUUUCACAUACAAAUGCAAAGUGGCAUGGUUUAGAAAAACAUUAACCUCUCACUGCACACCCACCCCCUUCCAAUACUUUCCACAAUAAAGGCCUCGUUAAAGCAAGUUUUA